AUGUCGUCCUCCAAAGAAACAGUCGUCGUGCGCCCGAAAGGGAUCCCUCCUCGCGAGGAUGACGCCCGACCGGAUUACUGCAACGAGGCAGUUUUUCGCAGAAACUGCCUCCCCACGCGUUCGUACUACAUCCCGGAAUCCUCAGUUGAGCUCAAUGGCACCUGGGAUUUCCACCUGUCGUCGACCGCCGCCGGUGCGCCCGACCCGACCGACUCUGACAUCGUGGACUGGAAGCCUCUCGCGGUCCCCGGCCACUGGCAGCUCCAGGGAUACGGAAAGCCGUGGUACACAAACACCCAGUUUCCCAUUCCCGUCUGCCCGCCAUAUGUGCCGACGGAGAACCCCACGGGCGUCUACCGCCGAAGCUUCCAACCACCCGCAGGCUGGCCCCGUGAUUCCCAGCUGCGGCUGCGCUUCGACGGCGUCGACAGCGCUUACCACGUCUACGUCAAUGGAGCUCUAGUCGGCUACGCGCAAGGCUCGCGCAACCCCGCUGAGUUUGACAUUGGCAAAUACGUGGAUCGCGAUGGGCCCAACGAGUUGUUUGUCAAAGUCUAUCAGUGGUGUGAUGGUACCUAUAUUGAGGAUCAAGACCAGUGGUGGCUCUCAGGCAUCUUCCGCGACGUCCAUCUCAUCUCUUUCUCGGAGAGCUUGAGGAUUGAGGACUGGUUCCUGAGAACUGAGCUCGACGCCGAGUAUAAAGACGCCACUCUGCGGGCGGCCGUCGACGUGCAGACACACAACGAUGCAAAGCUCAUGUUGACGCUAUCUGAGCUUCAAGAGAACGGUGGCGCUGUGAUAGGGUCCGUCGAGGCCGCGAUCAGCCCCAACGACACAAAGGUCGACCUCAGCCUGCCCGUUUCUAACCCUCAAAAGUGGACUGCAGAGACGCCCAAUUUGUAUUGUGUCGAGCUCUCUUUGAACAGUGACAGUGGUCUCCCGUGCGCUGUCAAGCAGCGAUUGGGAUUCCGCAAGGUUGAGAUCCUCGACGGUCUCUUGACUGUCAAUGGUACCCCCAUCCAACUUCGUGGUGUCAAUCGACACGAGCACCAUCCGCUGCACGGCCGUGCUGUACCUAUGGACUUUGCGAGACAGGACCUUCUUCUCAUGAAACAGUACAACGUCAACGCCCUGCGAUGCUCCCACCAGCCCAACAACCCCAAGCUCCUUGACUUGUGCGACGAGAUUGGCCUAUGGGUCAUGGACGAGGCGGACCUGGAAUGCCACGGCUUCUAUGAUGCCGUGGCACGACCGCAGGACAUCGCAGAGGAGAUUGACUACGAAGAGCGCAAAAAGUUUACAUUCCCGCAGGCCGCCAAGUACACCACAGACAACCCGUCAUGGGAGGCGGCUUACGUGGAUCGUGCUCGCUCGCUGGUCCAGCGGGACAAGAAUCACCCAAGCAUCAUCAUUUGGAGCCUGGGCAACGAAUCCUUCUAUGGCUGCAAUCACAAGGCCAUGUACAAGUACAUCAAAGCGUUUGAUCCAGAGCGGCCCAUUCACUACGAAGGCGACGUUCACGCCGAGACGGCGGACAUGUAUAGCUACAUGUAUCCCCCGAUGGACCGCCUUAUUAAGCUUGUGGAAGAAGAGGGCGUCGAGAACGGCAAGUUCACCAAACCAAUGAUUCUGUGUGAGUAUGCCCAUGCCAUGGGUAAUGGCCCAGGCGGAUUGGAGGAUUAUGAGAAGGCCUUCACCGAUUACCCUCGUCUCCAAGGCGGCUUCAUCUGGGAGUGGGCCAACCAUGGCCUGUGGAAAGAGAACGAUGGAGGAGAUGGCGGGUACUAUGCCUACGGUGGCGACUUUGGCGACACUCCCAACGACAGCACUUUCGUCAUGGACGGCCUUCUCAACAGUUUGCACCAGCCUAUGCCAGGGAUGGAUGAGCUGAGAGUGGUAAACCAACCAGUCCUUUUCGAGGUCGUCGACGGCCAGCUCAUCGUGGAGAACCGAUAUAACUUCCUGGAAUUGGACGGCCAUACGCUCACAUAUACGGUGAGAUAUUUUGACGACGGCGAGACCGUGACCAGCAGUGGAGAACUAAGCCUCCCCGGCGUCAGGCCGGGAGCAAAGGCGCCGGUGACGGAGCUCCAGAAGCUCAUGCCAAACAAUUCAAGCACCGGACGGGAUGCCUACCUGUCUCUGUCAGUCACAUUGGCGAAGCCAACACUUUGGUCAUCGCCUGAUCAUGAAGUUGCCUCGUUCGAGUAUCAGCUUGCCUCUUCGCAAAGUGUCCCUCGCAAUGUCCGUCCCACCCUCAAUGGGAAUUCUCAUGGUGUUCCUCGAGAGCUGUCCGUGUUUGAGUCUCGGGAGAGCACGAUAAUUAGCGGAGACGGCUUCGAGUUCUCUUUUGACAGCGCUCGGGGUGGGCUCAGGAGCUGGAUCUCAAAGCAGCGGACCCUGCUUGAGCCUGACCCUGAAAAUGGGGCGGCGCUAUAUCCCUCCUUCUGGAGACCGGCUACGGACAAUGACGUACCGCUGUCCCUACCCUACUGGAAGCGAUUCGGGCUUGACCAGUUGACAAGUCAGCUUCGAUCCAUGAGCGUCGACAAGGCCGAUCCCCACGCGAUCGUUGUCAGGGCGCAUACAUUUUUCUCUGCCCCCGUGCUUGCCUGGGGCUGGGACUGCGAGAUGGAGUACACCAUAAAGUCAGACGGUUCAUUGAGGGCCUAUGCCACUCGUAUGACCCCGUCGGGAUACAAGCCAACACACGUCCCCCGAAUCGGCUUCAACCUGCGCCUCAGCAAGGCUCUUUCCGAGGUCCAAUGGUUCGGCCACGGGCCUGGGGAAAGCUACCCUGACAAGAACGCCGCAGCGCGUACCAAUAUCUGGAAACAGUCCGUGCCCCAGAUGCAGGUGUCCUACGACGUUCCCCAGGAGAACGGCAAUCGCGGUCGCACCCGCUGGGUUGAGGUCACGGAACCCGGAGAGUCGUUGACGGGCAUCCGAGCGAUUCGCAUCGGUGACGAAUCCUUCUUCGACUUUGCUGCCUCACACCAUAGUGCGCAGACUAUUCAGAACGCGAAGCACCCCGAUGAUCUCGUCGAGGACGACGCAACACUGCUCCGGCUGGACGCCAAGGUUGCGGGUGUGGGCACAGCGGCCUGCGGGCCAGGGGUGCGCGAGGAUCUCUUGGUCAAGUGCGAGGAAAUUAGCUUCGGGUUUGAGCUCAGGAGUCUCUGA